CCGAAGCUGGCCGAGACCUACUGUGUGUGCCACCUGGCAACUGGGGACAUGCUGCGGGCCAUGGUGGCCUCGGGCUCCGAGCUGGGCAAGAGGCUGAAAGAGACGAUGGAUUCAGGGAAGCUGGUAAGCGAUGAGAUGGUGGUGGAGCUGAUUGAGAACAACCUGGACUCCCCUCCCUGCAAGAACGGCUUCCUCCUGGACGGCUUCCCGCGCACGGUGAAACAGGCUGAAAUGCUGGAUCAGCUCCUGGAGAAGAGGAGAGAGAAGCUGGACUCGGUCAUCGAGUUCAGCAUCCCUGACUCCUUGCUCAUCCGGAGGAUCACUGGACGGCUGAUUCACCCGGCGAGCGGCCGCUCGUACCACGAGGAGUUCAGACCCCCAAAAGAGCACAUGAAGGACGAUGUGACUGGAGAGCCCCUGAUCCGCCGCUCGGACGACAACGAGACGGCCCUGCAGACGCGCCUGAAGGCCUAUCACACCCAGACCAGCCCCCUGGUCUCCUACUACAGCAAGCGAGGGAUCCACACGGCGGUGGAUGCCUCCCAGUCUCCCGACGUGGUGUUUGCCAGCAUCCUGGCAGCCUUCUCCAGAGCCACAUGUAAAGACCUGGUUAUGUUCAUUUAGGGCUCCGUCCCAGGAUGGAGCUCUCCCUUUCUUCUCUCUGUCUCUAUCUCUUGACUCUCUGGGGCCAGGGAGGGUGAAGAAACAAGCAGAGUAGAAGAGGAGGGGACCAGCCGAGGCAGGGCUGUGCUAAUUGUUAAUUAAACAAGCUGUUAACGGUCUCC